AUGUCGGCAGUCGGAGAGGUCUUGAAGCAUCCUACACUAAACCGGUACAUACGCGGCAAGACAUCACCAUCCACAGUCCAGUUCCGAAACCUCAAAUAUGCAUCGAUUCCGGCGCGGUACAAGGAUUCGGUUCCUAAUGAUACGUUGAAACCUGGAUUGGACGAUAUUGUGGAUGCAACUCAAUUAGGGCCCUCGUGUCCGCAUUUGCGGGGGGCGCAGGCUUGGGAUCUGACGUUGACUGGAGACGCUGUUUUGUCUUGCGAACAUGGACAAGGGGAAACGGAAAAGAUGGAAGAGUUUGAAUGUCUGAAUUUAAACGUUACGGUACCCAGGUCUACUAUGAAUACAGGAAAGAGAGACACGCGUGGACUACCAGUGUUCGUGUGGGUGCAUGGCGGUGGACUGGCCAUGGGAUCAAACAGCUGGCCGCAAUACGAUCUAAAGAGAUUCGUUGAAAGAAGUAUAAAGAUCGGUAAGCCUGUUAUUGGCGUCUCAAUCAACUACCGACUCAACGUCUUUGGGUUUCUAGCAAGCGAAGAUAUUGGUGCAGAGGGGAAUAUGGGCUACAAAGAUCAGGUCCUGGCGUUUCGGUGGAUCAGGAAGCACAUUGCUGGGUUCGGUGGUGAUCCAAACAACAUCACUGCUGCAGGCGAGUCUGCAGGAGCUAUCUCCUUGUCAACGCUUCUUUGUGCCAACGUCGGGGCCGAAGGACUCUUCGAUAGAGUGGUUCUCAUGAGUGGCGAUGCAACACUACGUAAAUGGAGGAACAAAUGGUGGCAUCAAAAGAUGUACGAGGAUCAAUCUCAAUACCUAAAAUUGGACGUAAAGGACACAGAAGGAAGGCGCAAAGCUCUAUUGCACAGCGAUGCAGUAGAGCUAGCCCAGAAACUUCCUUUAUCCCAGCAUUUUUGCGCAACUAUCGACGGCCAUUUCCUAACACAAGCCGUCACCAUUGAGGCACUGACAAACGGCUCAAGUCCCAUCCACAAGCCAUCCUGGUGCAAAGAAUUCGUAAUAGGAGACACAGCGCACGACGGCCUCGUUCUAAAGAGCCGAAUCCUAGACCACACCGACCGCAUCACGCGCCUCAAAAAUGCGUGCAACGCCCAUCUCACACACUCUGAAACCCAGGAUCUCCUAUCCGCGUACGGCCUAACCCAUCCCUUACAGAAAGAAGAAGAAGGAACCCGCUUACUCGAGCUCGUAUCUGAACUCCGCUUCUACCUCCCAGCACUGACAGCUUACCAAGGCUGGAAAGCCUGCUCACCACCUAAACGCGCCUCAAGAUACCACUUCCACGUCCCCAAUCCCAUAGAAGGACCGUUCAAGGGUCUGGCGUCUCAUGAACUCGAUCUCGCGUUUCUCCUACAGAAUUUCGAUGAGCACUUUGAUGAGCGUGAUAGGUUUGUUGCGCGGAGUAUGCAGGAUCGUUUUCUGGGGUUUGUUAAUGAGGAGGGAUGGGCUGGGGCGGGGAAGGUGGUAGUGUUUAAACGGGAGGGUGUUGUGGAAGUUGAGGAGGGGGUGUAUGAUGGUGUCUAUAGGAAGGACAGGGGUGCGGUGUUAGAGAAGAUUGGGGUAAGCAAACUUUGGGGGGUUACUGAGGCGUGGCAGGGGGUUCGUCAAGAAGAAAAGGAGUUUGUGGGUUUGGGCGGGGAGGCUAAGUUGUGA